AUGUCUCUGCAGUUUUACAACCCUAGGUUCUCGCACGCAGUCACCACGAUGACGAUCCUGCUCCAGUACUUUACUCGUGACGAGCUCGACCCCGCACAGAUUCAGCGUAAAUGCAUGCUCAUUGGCAGCGAGUUGAGGAUGUGCCCCAUGGACAUUGCGGCCUUCGCUGCUGUCGGCUUCCUCAUUUAUAUCGUGCUCUGGGGAAUCCCGAUGACUGUCUCACUCGUCACAUGGUGCAAGGCAAAGCGGACCAAACCGCUACCACGGCGGCUUUCGCUUUACGAGCCUGACACCGAGAAGGGCCAUAGUAACGAAGAAUCGGAAAGCCUAGUUGAUGACACGAAGUACGGUUGCGAUCCGUACCUCUCGCCCACAAAACGGCUCUUCAUCUUCCUUCGUUCAGACGGAGCCCUUCCACAUCCCGUACCUGCUUGUACCCCGCGCCACCGAAGCGACAUAGCUUCCAUUUCUCCGAGAGGCACAAUGAUAGGAUCGCCCCCUCAGCCGUCGUCCGACGUCAAACAAGCAGCUAAUGGUGCGAACCCGCAGUGUGCCACCUUGUCUCGCAGAACAUUCGUGGAAGAGACUGUCCUCAUGCCCCCUCCGCCGGUGUACUCGGGUCGCCCUGAAGGGAGGAGAACUGUGCCUUAG